AAUUUAUUUCAUACUUGUGGAAAUGUAUCUUAUUUUGAAAAAAAAUAGACGGAAGUUAUACUUUCUCAGUGAUGCUGUGAUGUAAACAACGACCAUUACUUCCGGUUAUGGCUGCAGGACCUCUACUCAAGGAAGUAAAGGAGACUUUCAAGCAGUGAACUUUGAUGGUGAUAGAGAGUGAUGGAUAACCCGACAGCAAAUAAGAGCCACAUUCCCUGUCCGUCUUGGAUGGCCCAGAAUGGCUGGUCAGCAGCUUCAUCUCAGAACCCGCUCGUCAACCUUCUCCCCAACUCCUAUGAGCACAUGCAGGCAUCCAAUCAGAGUUGUACUAACAACUUGAACACUGUAUCUUCCAGAAACAACCCUCACGCUGACAUGUAUAAAACCUCUCAUAUUGGCAGCAUUCCAUCAUCCAGCUCGCUGUUUGCCACAGAUAUCCCAAAUCUCUCUCAAGGUAUUUCUUUUACUCAACAAAGCUCUAACCUUUCAUCGAUCAUGGUAUCAGCGAACCAAGGAAAAAAUGUUACCCCACCAGCUCUUCGACAGGCAAACCAAGGACUUCAGCUUUGUGGGCCCCAGGAUUUAUCAGUUCUCUCAUCCCACAAUGCCUUCAAGACAUUUCAAAAUCCAGUAUCCAGUCUGGGUUUGUCAAGUGGGAUUCAAGGCCUACCCCCCCGCCUGCCGUCAUGCAGACAACAUCAAGCUGCUUUUGAAGGAGAAAAUGUGGAGUCCGCACAUGGUGCAGGAAACACUCAAAGCUAUACCUCAUCCACCUCUCAGGAGCAGCCUGAGUGGUUACCUUCAUCACAUUGCAGAGCAGGAGCUGUGAAUGACCCUGUCCCAAAAGCAGCUGUUCAAAACAAAAACACAAAUAAAUCUACUACGGCCAGCAGUGAAAAGCGGCGUUCAGAUGUUUUACAGCAGCGCGCUGAGCUGCUUAAACAACUGGCAGAGAUGGAUAAACUUCUGAAAGCACUGCCAUCAGAUAACAGCAGCGAUGGGCAGUCGUCAGAUGAUGAGCCACCUCAGUGUGAACAGACUGCUGCAAAUUCAAAGUCGCGUAAUUCAGCAAAUGGUUCUUCACCUUCAUACUGUGACGAGCAAAAUGAUGCUUGUGAUACGCCAGAGUCACCUGCAGAAUCGCUGAAAAAGGAAGUUGUGUCAGACAUGUCAGGGGAGGACGAUGAUCACGAUUACUCACCAGGGAGUGAUGAAGAGUUCAAAGAAGGUUCUUCAGAUGAAUCCAGUCAUAGCGAUCCAGAGUCCCCCGUGAGUGAAGAACCGCACCAAGAAGAGCAGAACUCAAAAUCAGAAAAUUCUUCAGGAAAGGAUAAAGGAGUCACUCCUGUAAAGAGCAAACCUAUGAUUAGUCAGGCAGAAGCGUCACAAACGCCAGUGUUGCCAGCUGUAAAACGACCAAAUUCAAAAGCUCGCUUUUAUGACAAGAAGAAUUACUGCUUGUUUUGCUCCAAGCCGGUGUUAAAACUGUCACGGCAUUUUGAGUCAAUUCACAGUGACAAACCAGAGGUUGCAGCUGCAUUUCAGUAUCCCAAACACUCCAAAGAAAGACAAAAUAUAUGGAAAAAAUUAACAAAUGAAGGAAACUUUGCACAUAAUAAAAAUGUUUUGAAAACAGGAGAGGGAACUCUUGUCGUACGACAGAGACCGAAAGUGCUUGGACAGGCCCGUGACUUUCUUCCUUGUCUUCACUGUCAUGGUCUUUUUGUGAAGAGAAACCUGUUCAAACACAUGAGGACGUGCCCAGCGAAAAGCAAGAUUGAAAAGGAUAUUGGAAAAAAGCGCAUUGCAUCAAUGUGUGUGCUGGCAACUUUGGACUGUGAAGACCGUGGCAUAAGUGAUGUCGCUAGGAGCAUUCUGAAUGAAAUGAUAUACGAUGAUGUGACGCGAGCUGUUAUGGAUGACAGGAUUCUCUUGCAGUUUGGGGAAUACAUGUACAAUCAUUAUGGCCGUGAUGCGAAAAAGCACCCAUAUAUAAGACAAAACCUUCGUCAGAUAGCAAGACUUGUGCUUGAGGCUCAAAAAACAACCCCAAUGAAGAAGCUGGAGGACUUCUUUCACCCUUCAAACUUCCAGCGUGUGGUGUCUGCAGUGAACGUCCUGGCAGGCUAUGAUUCAGAAACCAAAAUUUACGUCGCUCCUUCCGUUGCAGUCAAGCUUGGUCACAGCCUGCAGAAGACCUGCAGUAUUGUUAAGGAUAACGCGGUAAAGUCUGGUGAUACAAAACAGGCAGAGGCUGCUAAAAACUUCCUCUCUGUGUACCAAAAGAAGUGGACUAAGCUUGUUUCUUCGGCCGCAUUAAGAAGUCUCAGAGAAAUUAAAUCAAAACGAGCAAAGCAGAUACCACUUGUUCAAGAUAUGAAGCGCUUGCAUUUCCACUUGGAGAAGGUUCAUACUACAGCUGAGAAGAAUCUACGAGACAGUCUUUCUACAGAAAACUUUGUCGCGCUGGCCAGGGUCAUGCUUGCCCGGAUAAUCCUCUUCAACAAGAGAAAGCCUCGAGAGGUUGCAACGAUUCAGCUGACGGAAUUCAUGUCACGAACAAAAUCAGAUCCACCUGAUGACUUGGACCCGUCUGUCACAGAGUUGGAAAAAACCAUGUGUAGGUUCUUCACCAGAGUUGACGUACGUGGGGACUGCGGGAGAAAAGUCCCUGUUUUACUGAAGCCCUCAUUUGAGUCGGCUCUGGAGCUUCUAGUGGAUUCUCGCGAGGCAUGUGGAAUCACCAGUAAGAAUCCCUUCGUCUUUGCCCGACCAAAUGCUCUGUCUAACUACAGGGGGACAGAUUGUCUUCAAGGAUUUAUCAAAGAAUGUGGAGCUCAAAACUCUGAAGGUCUGACAUCAAAAAAUGUCCGCAAGCAUUUUGCAAAAAUGCUACAACUGAUGAACCUGGAUGAAAAUGAAGCCAACCAAAUUUUUGGGCCUAAUAACAAAAUCCAGAUCCUGCGGCAGUGCAAUGACUCCACACUGGAUGAUAUUGAAAUGGAUUCUGAAGCUGAGUCGUGGGAUCAUAGUGAAGGCAGACCAGCAUCUCUUAAUCAACAAAAACGUGGAGGAAAAAGUGCCAACAAAUCUAUCAGAGGCUCCAAAUGUACACCCAAACACAUAUGGGGGGAUGCUGAGGUUCGUGCUGUAGAAAAACACAUGAUGCGCUUCAUUCAGGAGCACAAAGUGCCCCAGAAGGAUGACUGCGUCAAGUGUCUUGAAGCUGAGGCAAAAGCACUGAGGAACCGCACGUGGAAAGGUCUAAAGAACUACGUCCGAAACAGGAUCACAACUCUGAAAAGACAAAGUGACUCUUCGCAGGAUUCACCGACCAGCAGCAAAAGGCCCAGAGAAGCAGAACCACAGAAAACGAGACAGCCUACGAGUGGACGACAAGCUGACUCACAGGAUCACGAUGAAGGCUCUACUGCAGACAAUGGAGAGGCACCUUUUAAUCAUCAAAACGCACAUGGAGAAACAAGAAGCGCCAGCAAGACUACACGUCCCAAAUCUGUCAAAUCAGGUGGACAAGGUUCCCACCAUAAAACUAAACACACGUGGGAGGAGGCAGAGGUCCACGCUGUAGAAAGACACAUGAUGAGUUUCAUUCAGGAGCACAAGGUGCCUCAGAAAGACGACUGCAUGAAGUGUCUUGAUGCUGAGCCAAGAGCGCUGAGAAACCGCACGUGGAAAGGUGUAAAGGACUACGUCAGAAACAGGAUCACAACCCUACAAAGACAAAGCAGCUUCUCCCUGGAUUCACCGAAAAGCAGGAAAAGGCCCAGAAAAUCAGCGGAGCCACAGCAGAUGAGACAGUCUGCAGGUGGAGAACAAGCCAGUUCAUGGGAUCACAAUGACUUCUCCUAUGGAGCUGGUGGAGCAGAAAUGUUUUAUCACCAACAAGAACAUGAAGACACGACAAGCUCCAGCAAAACGAGCAGAUCUGUCAAAUCCAGUGAGAAAGGUUUCCACCAUAAAACUAAACACACAUGGGAGGAGGCAGAGGUCCACGCUGUAGAAAGACACAUGAUGAGUUUCAUUCAAGGCCACAAGGUGCCUCAGAAAGACGACUGCAUCAGGUGUCUUGAUGCUGAGCCAAGAGCGCUGCGAAACCGCACGUGGAAAGGUGUAAAGGACUACGUCAGAAACAGGAUCACAACCCUGCAAAGACAAAGUGACUGUUUCCAAGAUUCACCAAAAAGCAGAAAAAGGCCCAGAAAAUCAGCGGGACAGCAGAGUACUCCACAUUACCAACAGCUGUAGAUUUGAUAUGAUGUUAAUACUCAAACCUGCAACAUUUCACAUCUUUCAGCCGACUUAUUGUUCUUUAAUCUUUCUGUCCAUUUGUAUAUAAGAUGUGAGAAUAUCUUUCCAUUAUAGUUCUCAGUUUUUGUUUUCAUGUUUUUUUAUGUUUUAUUUUAUCAAGUUUGUUUAACAAAGACUGUUCAUGAAUACUGAAAAAUUACUGUUUAUUCACAUUUAGAUAAAAGGUUUUUUUUUUAUGGUGUUCCUGGGUACUGUGACCAGUUUUGAAUACAGUAUCUGGUUAUGUUGGUUGGUAUACUGGCACAUGAUGCUUUGUUAAAAUAAAUGUCCAACAGUAAAGUCUCAAAAA